AGCGCGCUGUUCUCCGCCUCAGCCGUUCUCCGCCUCAGCCCUCGCCGCGCAGCCUGCUCACGCUCUUAGGGGAGAGUCCUGAAACAGGUCGAGGGGACGUUGAAGCCAGGUGGAGUCCGGCGGGCGAACGAGUUGGCGGACUGAGCAGACCGCUUUUCGGAGUCCAAGGGUUUGUGCUCCCGGAUCGCCGCGUCCUCCUCCCUCCUUCCCCAACUCAGUGAAAAUCGCCGGCGGCCACCAUCUCCACUCCUCUCCCGUCGCAGGCCAGGUUCUCGUGAGUUCUGAACCUUCUCUCUGCGAAGACUAUGCGAUUGGCUAAGAGAGUUCCUCAAGGCCGGCGGCCGCUUACUCUCAUUGCCGGCUGCUCCAGGACGUUGUAGGACGUGUUUAGAAUACUUUACAGCAUGUGUGGCACUCCCGGAGAGACAGUGGUUUGGGAUCGGAGGAAAGCGAAAGCCUAGUGGCAUUUCCGCAGGCUGCAGGAACCUAUCAGAGAGGCAGAACCUCAGACACGAAGUCUCCUACCGAAGCUCCUGGGCUAAGAUUGGAGCUGGAAGAGAACCGACCUCAGAGCGUCUGGGGGACCUUGGUUAUUUUUUAACCCUUUUACUCUCUGAAGCAGAGACGUGGGCAAAUGACUGCAUCCAGGGCAUGGGGAAAAUGAAGGAGUCAGCCCCAAUAGAGAGCAAGGAUCUGGGGUGGUGGGCAACAGUCUGUGCAGUGUGGAUUGGAAAGGAGGAAACAGCAUAAUGUGAGGGAGUGGUCCGAUAACAAAGACCAGAAGACCCGGUUUACCAUAACCAAGUCCCAAGUGGCUAAUCUGGUUCUUUGGCGCACCUGAGGUCUUCACAGCUUUUCUCCUCCCUUUUUCUCUGUAGUAUUCUGCCCUGUGAGGAGGAAGAUCAGCUUGAGUCUCAGGAACCUCUUUGCCUAGUCAGAGUUGUACCAUGGCAGAGACUGGGGAAGAGGAGAUAGUAUCCCCAGAAGCCUCAGGGUUCUCAGACUUGAGUGACUCAGAGUUCCUAGAGUUUCUGGAUUUGGAUGAUGAGUCAAAUGCUUCAGUUAGCAAGGCUGACCCUUCUGAACUCCCUGGUAAGGAUGGCAAAUCUGUGAGCUUACAAAACUGGAAAAGAGGAUUGGAUGUCUCUUCACCUAUGGAAAGAUUCCACCUAAAAUAUCUAUAUGUCACGGACCUGUCUACUCAGAACUGGUGUGAAUUGCAAAUGGCAUAUGAGAAGGAACUUCCUGGUUUUUCGACACCUGAGAAGGCAGCUGUUUUGGACACUGGUGCCAGCAUCCAUCUAGCUAGAGAAUUAGAACUUCAUGAUCUUGUGACUGUCCCCAUCACCACUAAAGAAGAUAGUUGGGCAGUUAAGUUUCUGAAUAUACUAUCAAUGAUUCCUACCCUGCAAUCAGAAGGAUGCAUCAGAGAAUUUCCAGUGUUUGGGGAAGUGGAGGGUGUGUUUCUUGUUGGAGUAAUUGAUGAGUUGCACUAUACAGCUAAAGGGGAACUGGAACUGACUGAACUCAAGACACGCAGGCGCCCUAUGCUCCCUCUGGAAGCUCAGAAGAAGAAAGACUGUUUUCAAGUCAGGCUAUACAAAUUUAUCUUUGAUGCUAUGGUGCAAGGGAAAGUGACACCUGAGAGCCUAAUCCACCACACAAAAUUAUGCCCAGACAAGCCACUGGGGCCUUCAGUGCUGAGGCAUGCCCAGCAGGGAGGCUUUUCUGUGAAGACUUUGGGUGACCUCAUGGAACUGGUCUUCUUGUCUCUCACACUAUCUGACCUCCCAGUUAUUGAUAUUCUAAAGAUCGAGUAUAUUCAUCAAGAGACUGCCACUGUAUUAGGUACAGAGAUUGUAGCCUUUGAAGAGAAAGAGAUGAGAGACAAGGUGCAGCAUUAUAUGGCUUACUGGAUGGGCCACCGAGAGCCUCAAGGGGUUGAUGUGGAAGAGGCUUGGAAGUGUCGGACAUGCAACUAUGCAGACAUCUGUGAGUGGAGGAAGGGCAGUGGAGUGCUCAGCUCCACCCUAGAGCCCCAAACCAAAAAAAAACAAAUGAAUAGAAGGAAUGUUGAUCCUUCCUGCUCCUAAUGUACCUGAGGAAAAGAAGACUGACCUCUGAGCAUGGCUUUCAUGGAUAUUGUUCUUAUUUUUUAAUAUUUCUACAACCUCUAAUCACAUUCAGUCCAGGACCAAGGUUCACAGAUGAGUAGGAGAGAUCUGGGGUUAUACUGUCCCUGGAGCUUUGACAUGGAUUGCCAAGAAUAAAGAUGCUCAUCGUAAUGGGAGCAAAGAUAAUGCCUUCAGCAAGCAUUAUUUUCCUAAGAAAAUUCUUCAGAUUCUAAUCUUAUUUUUCUCUCAAUCAGAAUUUCUACAUUUUACAUAAUAAAAUAAAAUGAAAUGCUG